AUGGUGAUGCGCGUGGCAUCGGCGUUGGCCGUGCUGUUGCAGCCAAACCUAGCAGCACCAUGCCCAGGGCUCAAAUAUACGACGCCUCCAGAGAAUUUCGCCAAGGUGCCGGAGAUUCCCAGCUACGACUUGGCAUUGAAGGAGUUGAAGCUCAAGGAUGUGAUCGCGGACUUGCAGAGCCUCUUCACCCAGUCGCAGGAGUGUUGGCCUGCAGAUCUGGGGCACUACGGCCCGCUCUUCGUGCGUUUAGCCUGGCAUUGCUCCGGUUCAUGGCGUGUCACCGAUGGGCGCGGUGGCUGUGCUGGGGGUCGACAGCGAUUCGAGCCAGAGCGUUCCUGGGCCGACAAUACCAACUUGGACAAGGCGCGUGCGCUGCUGUGGCCCAUCAAGGAGAAGUUCGGCGAUGGUCUCAGCUGGGGAGAUCUAUUUACCUUGGCUGGAACCACUGCCAUCAAGACCAUGGGUGGUCCCAUUACCCAGUACUGCGCUGGCCGAAUUGAUUCGCCAGAUGGGACCGACUCAUUGGAUUUGGGACCCAGCCCGGAGCAAGAGAAAUAUGCGCCCUGCCCCAUCAACGGCACUUGCACUCGACCGCUUGGCAGCACCACGGUUGGCCUGAUCUAUUUAAACCCCGAAGGCCCCGUGACAAAGCAGUCAGAUGGCAGCUACCAAGUGGACCCCGAUCCCGCCAAGAGUGCCCACGACAUCCGCGAUGCCUUUGGUCGGAUGGGCAUGAACGACUCCCAGACAGUGGCUUUGAUCGGAGGUGGCCACACCUUCGGCAAGAGUCACGGAGCCUGCCCUGCUGGGCCAGGGCCAGCACCCAUCGAGGACGUCAACAACCCUUGGCCGGGCAAGUGUGGCACUGGAAAGGGGGAUGACACCUUCACCAGCGGCAUGGAAGGCCCUUGGACCACCAAGCCCAACGAGUGGGACAACGAAUUCUUCAACAGCCUGCUGAAUCGUAGCUGGCAACUGAUCAAAGGCCCUGGUGGACACUGGCAGUGGCGAGUGCAGAACGCCGUGGACGCGGAGAAGAAACUCAUGAGGCUUACCAGUGACAUGGCCCUCAUCCACGACGAUAUCUACCACGGCAUCGUCCAUGAGUUCGCCCUCAACUUCCCAGCCUUUGAACGGGCUUUUGAUGAGGCACUGUGGUGCAAAAUGGCGUGA